UCCCUCCCACACUUCCAGCAACGCCCGGCAAGGCGUAGAGAAGAAAUCCUCUCAUCUCCUGCCCCCUGAUCCAAGGAGAUCCUGAGUGGCCGCUGCUGGCAUCGGGGCCCCGCUCCUCUCUACCCAGGGCCCCGCCCCUCUCCGCCUAAGCCCCCGCCCCCCCUGCCCAGGGCCCCUCCUCUCCCCCCCGGGUCCCCGUCCCUCCCCUCGCUUCUCCUGCGCACCCAGCCUGAUCCGGCGCCCAGCUCUGGCUCGGGCUCGCCGCGCUGGCGUUGGCUCGGGCUGUAAUCCCGCUCCGCUCUCGGCCGCUGCACAGACAGAGCAAACGGCCCAAGGAGACUCGGCCGAGCCGGGAAACUUUUCCCGGAGCCCUAUCCGGCCCGGGGCCGCUCGGGGUCUGAGAUCCAGAAGCCUGAGAAGGGGCUGAAGUCUAGGGGGAGAAAUUGAUAUCUAGAGGAGAGAGAACUGUGAGAAUAUCUGCUUUAGAUUGCCUUUGGAAUCCUGGUAGCUGGGGUGCUGCUUAUCAACAGUCACACAGAAGUGUUGCUCAUUAAACACAGACGAUCUUGGGUGACGUGGAAAAGAACAUCCUGGAAGACUCUGGUUGUAUUCAGGUCUGCUAUUUGAUAGAACACCUGCUGGGUGUGACCCAGUUUCCUCUUUCAGUUUGAAUACUCCUCCUGGCAGAUCGCUACAGGAAGAUCUUUUCACACUUAUCUAAGAAAGUCACCGGAAGAAGUGAGAGCUUCCUCUUCCUCCCAUCUCCUACCGGCUCCAAGAAGGAACCAUGUGUGAGGUCAACAGGACUGAUAUUGCGAAUAAGCCGCACUUGGUGCCCCUGGUGGUGGUCCUGAGCACCAUUUCCCUGGUUACGGUGGGGCUCAACCUGCUGGUGCUCUAUGCGGUGAGGACGGAGAAGAAGCUGCACACUGUGGGCAACCUGUACAUCGUGAGCCUUUCCGUGGCCGACCUGAUCGUAGGCGCUGCGGUCAUGCCUCUGAACAUUGUAUAUCUGCUGAAGUCUCUGGUGCGGCCCCUCUGCCUCUUCUGGCUCUCCAUGGACUACGUGGCAAGCACAGCCUCCAUUUUUAGUGUCUUCAUCCUGUGCAUUGACCGCUAUCGCUCUGUCCAGCAGCCACUCAAGUACCUACGGUAUCGCACCAAGACCAGGGCAACAAUCACCAUCCUGAUCACCUGGUUCCUGGCCUCCCUGUGGAUCAUCCCUAUUCUGGGAUGGAGAAGCUUUUGGUCAGAUAACAACACGAGCAAAUCGUAUGAUAAUGUUUUUGGGGACAAGUGUGAGACCGAUUUCUACAAGGUCACUUGGUUCAAAGUGAUGACUGCCAUCAUUAACUUCUACUUGCCCACCUUGCUGAUGCUCUGGUUCUAUUCCAGGAUCUACAGGGCUGUCCGGCAGCAUUGCCAGCACCGAGAAUUCAUCAACGGGUCCUUCCCUUCUUUCUCAGAGGGUACUGUGAAUCACAAAAAACACAGGAUCUGCCUCCCAAAGCAGGGGAAAGAUGCCAGCCUGGAGGCUUUGAAAAGGAAACCAGAAGACAACUUCUAUCCAAUUAAUAACAGCAUCCCUCCAAAGACCCAGGACCCAGCAAGAGAGUUGUCUCCAGAGGAGAAAGCCCCUAAAGGUUUUGAACAAGAGGAGGGGGAAGUGGUGGUCAAAGAUCACUACUACCAUGUUGAUCUUGUGCAGGCUGAACCAGGGAUGGAGGAGACUGAAAAAUACAUGUCCAUUCACGAGAGCCAAUCAAACUCCAAGGAGUUAUCUCCAGCCACUCAAUAUGCCAGUGAGACAUCUGAGGAGACCAUAUUUGCCGAAGCACCCUCCAACCCAAUAGACUCCAAUGCUAUUGCUGAAUCAGCCACAGUCAUGUCUGCUGAAGACCAAGCCAAGACCAAAGCAACCUUUGGUCUGGAUUACCUGACAUUCACCUGGAAGAGACUUCGCUCCCAUUCCAGACAAUACAUAAAGGGGUUGCAUAUGAAUCGGGAGCGGAAAGCUGCCAAACAGUUGGGCUGCAUCAUGGCAGCCUUUAUUCUCUGCUGGAUCCCAUACUUCAUCUUUUUCAUGGUCAUUGCUUAUUGCAAAAAAUGCUGCAAUGAAGAUGUCCAGAUGUUCACUAUGUGGCUGGGCUACAUCAACUCUACGCUGAACCCCCUCAUUUAUCCCCUCUGCAAUGAGAACUUCAAAAAAGCUUUCAAAAAGAUUUUCCACAUUCGCUCCUAAAGGGAAGCUUCAGGGGUGGGUGUAGAGAUGAAAAUGACUUUGAAGGAAGAAAUAAAUGAGGGCAGAAGGAUUUCUUAAGAUUUCCAGAGUCACCAAACUUUCUAGGGUUUCAAGAGGAAGUACAUGCCUGGAAGACUUGGCAAUCUCCUCUUGCUCACUGGAUGUAGCACAGAUGAGUGGUUGACAUUGGAUUGAAUUAGAAUUGAAAUUUAAAAGUUCACGGUAUUUCAAGCAAAAACAACGUGGGGUUCUUGACCCUUUCAGGGCCUCCACUGAAUUUCAGGAUUUGAACUAUGACUCUCAAAUCUGGAAGGUAGAUUAAAUGCCUUGUUUUCUAUGGGCUCAAACCCAAGUGAAGAGGUGACCAGAACCCUAGAGGAGCUCUGAGAUGAUGUGACUGGAAUAAAACUACACUGAGUGUUAGUUAAUACUGGAACUUGCAUAGGUAUAUGAAACUGUCACUUCACCUGGGGAGGCAACCCAUAUCCUCAUGGGGUUGUGAUUGCGCCAACAAUUUAGAGACUUCCCUUGGGGAGUUGCCGGAUGACCUCUAAGAACAUUUCCCAAUUUAGCUUAAAAAGGCCAAGGUCUCCCACUUCAUCAAGGGCCAUCUCCAGUCAUCUUGAACUAUAUCUGGC